AUGCCAAACCCCGAUCGUGUCACCGCGGAUGGCCUGGAAUGGGAAUGCCCCCCCCUCAUCGUCUUCAUUGACGACGUCUCUGGGAAUAGUUCAAAACAAUGGAACGUACACUACUCUUGCUAUAUGUCGAAUGCGGGAUUGCCUCGAGCGCAGAUUGAGAAGUCUCGGAACAUCCAAUUUCUCUCGACGUCUCCGAGUGCUUCGCCAAUGGAGAUUAUUGAGGCUGUCUGUAAUGAUAUCCGGCAAACUUGGGGUACGUCUCCGCUCAAAGUGUGGGACGUCCGUAGACGUCGUCAUAUCCUUGUUCGGCUGUGGCUCCUUUUUUUGCCUGGAGACAACCCUAUGCAGGCGGAACUCUGUAGUCAUAUUGGUCUCAAAGGUAAUCAUUUUUGCCGUUGCUGCCAUGUCGGUGGCGACCAGAAAUAUAAGCAGUCUGAUGAGGGGUUUGCCUCACUGCUCAAGCUUGGUCGAGAGCGAUCCCCUGCUGAGACACGGGGGGCAAUCAUGGCGCAACUGAUUCAGGCAACACACGCGGCAGCGGAGAAGCCUCUCAAGGAGGCAAUCACGUCAAGUGGCGCAAAGGAUUCGCUCGCACUUCCCAUGAUCAAUCGACUGAUCGCCCUUGGGAAGAUCCUCCGAAAGUCGACGCCGGAGCGCAAGGCAUUGAGUCCGGAAGACGUCAACCAGGAGCUUUCUGCAGAAUUGCUGAGACACGAAGGUGUGACGCUCAUCAACCCCCUACUAGACAUGCAAGGCCUCAAUAUACAUCAAGAUACCCCUGUCGAACCACUGCAUACUCACCUCCUCGGUGUCGUGAAGUACUUCUGGGCGCAGACUAUGUGGGUGCUUGAGAAACAGGGAAAACUCGGAGUGUUUCAGGCACGUCUCAAUUCCCUGGCGAAGUCGGGGCUCAACAUUCCAACUAUCCAAGCCGAUUACAUGUGUCGCUAUCGAGGUGCGCUUAUAGGGAAGCAUUUCAAAACCAUCAGUCAGAUCAUGGCGUUCGCUAUCUGCAAAUUGGUAGACGACUCACUCCAAAAUGCUUGGGUUUCUGUGGGGCGUUUGACUGUGCUUCUAUGGGAGACAGAGAUCAUCGUGAUGGCGGAUUAUCUUAAGGAGCUUCGGAUGGUGAUCAACGACGUGCUCGAUCAUGCAGCAUCCCUAAGCCCGGGGCUUGUCACCGAGAAGAAUAAACUCCACAUACUUCUCCACAUCCCAGACCAUAUCGAGCGACAUGGUCCAGCGCUUCUCUUUUCCACCGAGCGUUACGAGUCUUUCAAUCACCUCUUCCGUCUUUCAUCUAUUCAUAGCAAUCGGCAAGCCCCCAGCCGUGACAUUGCGGCUUCCUUCGCAAACCAGGAUCGCUGCCGUCAUAUGAUGACGGGUGGAUAUUGGCUCGACAAAACCUCUGGUCGGUGGGUGUGUGCUAGUCAUGCUGUGCUCGAUCAUGUGCGGUCGCAUUCUAUCGAUGCUCGAUUGCUCGGAGUUGCUCAUGCCCAUGCCGCCAUCCCUGGCAAAAUGACACUCCCUCCACUCUCGUCCUGCACCUCUCCUUCUGCUGCCAUUCCAAAUACUUCACACACUCCUAGUCGUCCACUCCCCUCUACGCCAUCACCGUCCACCUCGAGACCUGUUCUGACAUGGACAGAAACUCACUCGUCCCAAAUGGACCCCUCCCUAUGCCCCCCGCAUUCCCUUAAUGGCGGCUGGCAUUCGGCCGCCGAUGUUGUCGCGAUGAAUGGCGACCAGGCCAUUAUCGGUGCCGAAGUCCUCGCGGUGCUCCCAACUGUGACCCGGGUGGGCUUCGCCUCCAUCGUUGAGUUACUGAAGACCGCUGACCCCCUUCUACCGGAGGCGUCGCUGGUUGUUGUCCGGGAGUCUUUACUCCAGGACUCCCUUCAUCCUACGCUACACAUGCCCCUCCUCAGCCGUUCAGGACAAUUGCACGUUCUUCGCCCCAGCGACAUCGUCUGUGUCAUAAAUGUGCAGCAUGAUUGCUCUCGCGCGAAGUGCACUGAUACCGGAAAGCAAAUUAUUCGUCAGGAGCGCGAGGAUACCACCCAAACCCGAGCCGUUGUUACUCACAAGGGCAGCCCCAUAUAUGUCCUCAAUACUAUCGCCCUUCAUAAUCAUCACCGUAUCCGAGACAUGCUCCCACAACAACUCCGAACGACUCCGACUUUCUUCACUGAUCGAGACACUGUCCACAAGAACGCGGCAUCGUCCCUACGUGACACCAAGCUUCAAAAG